AUGGCUUAUCCCUAUGAUUCCCUCUUGCCACAGGUUACAAGACCAAGAACCAUCUCUCCCCUGCCACCCUCUGCUCCUGGAGAAGAAGCCAAAGAUGAGGUAGUUGAGCAAGUCAAAUGGAAGCGUCCAGCUGUGGUCACACCACAGGCUGUUCAUUCCAAGAGAGCCCUUCUAGAGAAAGAGCAGGAGCAAACUGCUUCAUCAGAGAUGCCACGCCCGUCUCAGGGAGAGCUGUUCCCAGCCCGAGAGCAGGAAGAGCAGCACAGGCAGCAGGUGGAAGAGCCAGAGGAGAAUGGCCAGAACAUCAAGGCAGAGCCACAAGCAGAGCUGCCCGAAGCUCAGAGUGACAUCAUGGCAUUGAAGAGAAAGAACAAGGAUGACAUGAGAAGAGUUCAAGAGGAGAAUCUCAAUCAGCAGAGGGGCGAUCAACAGAACCAGGUGAGUGAAAGAGUGGCAGCCACUCCACUCAUGAAACAUCCUCUCCCUUCUUGUUUACUGACUAACAAGGACCAUGUGCAGGCAGAGCUGCAGGAUUCGGAGGCUAGCAACAAGGUAAGGGAGAAGAGGCUGGAGGAAGAAAUUAAAAUCAUCAGAGAUAAAGCUAAUCGCCUCUCUCAGUCUCUACAAAAGCAAGUGGCCAUAAAGAAAAUAAAUCUUCAAGGACUGCAGAGGAAGCAACUAACAGUUAAUGAAAUCAUGAUCAUGAAGAGGAAUAGGAGUCCCAGUGUUGUGAAUUAUUUAGACAGCUAUCUUCUGGGUGAGGAACUCUGGCUGGUUUUAGAGUACAUGGACGGAGGCGCCCUGAGUGAUGUCAUCAGUGAGACCUUCCUGUCUGAAGAGCAGAUGGCAGCCAUCAGUCGGGAGUGCCUGCGAGGACUGGAUUUUCUUCACUCGAACCACAUCAUCCACCGAGAUGUGAAGAGCGACAACAUCCUUCUCAGAACAGACGGCUCUGUCAAGCUAGCUGAUUUUGGCCUCUCUACUCAGCUCACCCCUGAGCAGAAUAGACGGUGCACGUUAGCCGGGACUCCUUGGUGGAUGGCGCCUGAAGUGGUGACAGGUCAACCAUAUGGCCCCAAAGUGGACAUAUGGUCUUUUGGAAUUGUGGGAAUUGAAAUGGUAGAACGAGAACCUCCUUACUGCAACCAAAGUCCUGCCUCGGCUCAACGCCUUAUAGCCACAGUAGGGACCCCAAAGCUGCGACAUCCCAAGCUCCUCUCAGCUUUGCUGCGUGACUUCCUGAGCUGCUGCCUUCAGAAAGACGAGGAGGAGCGCUGGUCUGCCAUGGAGCUCCUGCAGCAUCCAUUUGUGACUUCAGCCAAGCCAGCAUCUAUCCUGUCACAACUGAUCAACUCAGUCAAGAAGAGGAAGAAGAAUUAG